UAUAUGUAUAUAUAUAUACACAUAUAAAUAAGUAAGGAGGUGAAAUUGCCUUUGCACAGCAAAAUCGAUAUCUUCGACCUUUAAUUGAAUAUCUUUUUUCUUUCUUCACAUAUCGAAACGCUUGGAUGAUCGAAAAUCGCGUACUGUGUAUCGAUACCUAGUUUUCGAUUUAAAGUGCAAGCACAGCCAUUUGUCGAAGAAAAUUCUAACCUAAAACAGAAAAUGUUCGUGCGUCAGUGGGAGUGUUGUUUCGAGAUAAAAAGGACAACAAUAAAGAACCGUGAUUUUUUGAGAAAGAUUUAAUCGAAAAUCGUUGAAAUACGUUUACUUGAAGUAGAAAAGAGUUUUACAUUUUAGAACAGUACAGAAUUUUGAUAAAACCUGUUUGUUACGAUUUCGCUUUUGUACUUGGCAACAUUUGUGCUAUUCUGCUUGAGUGUGUUUUCUAGCCAUUUCGUAAAAAGUUUGUUUACACAAGGAGAUAGAAAGAAAUAUCUGUUUUUAAUCAAUACAGGUAUGCUAAGUAAUGUCGUCUGCAAACAGCAUAGAAUCCUUGGGAUCGCUGCAGUGGGAUAUGAUCGAAUUAGCCAGUCAUCUACGUCAGGAACGAUUGUUUGUCAGUUCUGAACAGCAAAAUUUGCAAAUACUGAACGAGAAGGUGUUGUACGCUUCGUCGAAUUUGGCUCAACAAGCAUGGAUCACGGCACAGCAGAGAGUGAAUCUGAAUCGACUGAUAAUGUCUAGACCCGAUUGUACGCCGGCGUCCUGUUGUCAAAAAGCAAAUACAUUGGAAAAUUCGCACUUUAUAGAUGCAUACAAAUAUCUACGUUACCAGGCCUGUUUAUCGUACGGAGAAUUCUUGGGAGCGCUUAGGAAGUCUCCUAAACUGGUUGCUUCGUGUUUAGUGGAGGGAGAAAAAUUAUUACCAGAUUCGGUGCAAAAUAUCGUACAAUCACUGGCAGCAGGUUUAUACGGUAGUUGCUUGUUACCGGAGGAUAAAAUUCUAGUGUUAAAGCUGCUGAGACAUCUGAUGUUGCUACAAAUUGUUCCAUCGGAUAAUCCUCGAAGGUUGCUCAGACACGGGACCUGCGCUUUUUCUAGGUUUUACUCGGUCUUUCAUGAGAGCGUUUUUUCGGCUAAGUUUUUCUUGACUGCUGCUUUACAUAAUCCUAUUGUACAGUUACUAAUGGAAGAUGAAAUGUUUCUCGACAUCGACCCGGACAAGGCACCCAUAAGGUUCCCGCCAUCCGAAAGAUUGAAAAAAUUUGGUAAAGAGGGUACCCCCGAGUACGAUGCCAAGUUGCAACGUCACAGAUUAUGGACUAUCAAUUCUUUGUUUCGAAUAACGCAAAGAUUCAUAGUCAGCAUACGGGAGAAUAUGCACUGUUUCCCAAGCAGCGUUUGUUGGUUGGUUAGACAAAUGGCGGGUCUUUUGGGGAAAAAUGGGAACAUUGACGCAAAGGAGGUUCACGCGAUGUGCACCGACUUGGUUUUCACAUAUUUCAUAUGUCCAGCGAUAGUGAAUCCCGAACCGUAUGGUAUUACGGACGCCCCUAUCAGCUACGUUGCGAGAUUCAAUCUGAUGCAAGUUGGACAAAUUCUGCAAAUGCUCUCUCUAAUGAAAUAUCAAACGGUAGACGGGAAAACGUUCGAUCUUUACCGAAAAUUCGACAAGGAUUCUGUUUCGUCGAUAAUAGAUGUGAUGGUGGACAGCGCUACGGAAGAACUCGAAGAUGAGCCUAAUAUCAUUGAUAGUAACAAGCUGCGAGGACUUUCUCGUUCCGCUGCUUUGUUCACAGAAACAGAGUUGAACACGCUGAUUAUAUUUCUGCAAACUGUAGCUGCGGACACUGCAGUCGAAAACGAUGGACAAUCGAAUGUGUUGGAUGCGAAACAGUUGGUCGAUAUGCUGUCUCAGUUACCUCCCGGUUCAUUGACAAGUAAUAAAUUGACUAAUAAUAUUUGCGUUGAUACUACCAAUAGACGCGGAGGUUUCUUAGGAAAAGGGAAAGGACUCGGAGUAAGAGUGUCGUCGUCAUCGUCGUCGUACUCGUCGAAUGCGACCAACGACGGAGGAGACGAAGUGAACGGUGUCUCGACUCCCGAAGAGGAGUCUGCCGACAAGAGUUGUCAAGAUGUCCUCGUGAUUCCUUUUGGGCCGAACACAGGAGAAUUCGUGGGACUUCUUAGCGAACAGAAAGUGCUGUGUACAGAACUCGAGAAUAAUAUGGAAAACGGGCCGGUUACACUGAACCUUUCGGAUGCAAUGAGAAAUGUGCACGACACACGAGAAAGUUGUAGCGUCGAGCGUAUCGAGACGCAAGAGAAGAAGACACGAUUCUCGUUAUCCCACAACGAAGUUUUAUUUGAAAGCUUCAUUGGAAACACAUCGGAUAACUUGGAGGCUGUAUCGGAAGCUGCUUCGAACCACAGCGUUGCUUCUUCCCUCGAAUUAGAGACGGAAGAUCAAAACGAUAAUUUAUCGGAUAUGGUGUCUGCCAGCGUUUCGGGGCGAGGAACGCCAAAUAUAUCAGGCCGCGACACGCCGUCCUCUCAGAUCACCGAAGGAGACGAUGGACGAGCAACCGGCGAAGCGCGACAGAUGGAUUUGCCUCCACCGAAUAUACCGACGAAACAAAGCCGGUCCGAAAUAGACGACAAGUUUUGCAAGUUUGAGAUCAAAAAGUUGAUCGAAGGGGACGAGACCGUUUCGAUGGUGUCCGACACGUGGUCUACGGACGUGCUAGCUUCGGACAGCGAGAUGGUCGAGCAACAGGAUAAGAUAGCGUAUCCUCCGUCGGGCGAACCGAACGCUCCAAUUUUACCAACAGCGUCGGACUCGAUUCCGCAAGCUGUGCUAGAUGUCAGCGAAACGGCGUCCGAAGCAUGGAGCACCGACGUGUUGGCUAGCGAUUCGGAGAGACUGACCGAAGUCGAUACCGACGAUACCGCCAGUGUCGCAAGAUCCGAUGAUACCGCGAGAUCCGAAAUCGAAGUCGAGGCACGCAGCGAGGCAGAGGUUACCGACGAAACAUUGUCGCACAAGCAUAGCGUGACCUCGAGCGAGUGCGUGUCGACGAUCACCUGCUUCGAAACGAUGUCGAGUAACAGGGAGGGUGCGGGAUUCUCCGCGACCAUUCCGUCGUCACCGGCAACGUCCCCUUCCGCGUCGUCCGCGAAUGCGACCGAACGAAACGAGAACGGGACCGAUUAUCGAGGGAACGCUCUGGAAUAUGUCGACAAGAAUGCCAACAAUAUCGGUCACAUUACGGAUUACGGUAAAUCGCUGGGCGAGGACACGUUGGUUCAUCUGAUAGACAAACUUCACAUCGACGAUGGGAAAAGUCAGAUGGAACGUCAAACGAGCUCGUCUCACAAUCAUAUCGGGAUCGCAGCUGUUACGCCGGCCUUGCUGCUGGCCAAUCAUCUCUCGCCGCCGGUUCUGUCGAGUUCGGAAAAAUCGCAAAACGCCGAAUUGACGUUGAAAUCGGAGGGACUGGGAAACGGCAUCGCCUCGGUCGGUUCGACCGUCAACGAAAGAUCUGGCUCGGAGAGCGCCGUCGGACUGAGCACUGGCAGUUUAACGUCGAACAGUAGCAGUUCUAGCUCCGAGUCUCGAACAAAGAAUGUAACGAAUUCGGCGUUGACGUUGUCGGGAGGCGCGUUGGUGAACGGAAACUGCGAACUGAUCGAUACCAGCUCUACCAACGAUUCUCCGAAACCCAUCAUGUCCAGUGGCGCGAUUCCGAAAAGUAUUAGCUUCGACAUGACGGCUGAACGCGGGGACAAGGAGCUGUUGGACGACGAGCAAAAGAACAAAAGAGGUUUCUUCGGUAAAUUGAAAAUGUCUCUGAGGAAUCGCCGGGGCAAGACGAUCCGUGGCACCGAUGACAAUAUCGGCAGAUGUUACGAUCGAGAGGCCGCCGGAGAGAGCGUCGAUGUAGGGCGACACAGACUGCGAAGAAUAAUGUCGGAGGAUGUAACGUCGACUUCUUGCAACGUGACCAUUGACAGCACAGACGACAUUUUGGCGAAAUACAGGAGGAAACCAAGCGCGGCGAGUGACACGGCAUCGAUCGAAAGCAACCAAUCUCGUACGAAAGAAACGGCGGAGGACGAAAGAUUGCUCAUCGAUCCGAACAACGUGGAGUUGUCGUACGCGUUCGCGGAUGCAAAGAGGAAGCUGCGCAUGGUGCUUAGUACAGCGGACCUUCAACAUAUCCCUUGGACCGCUACAACCGAGCGAAACACGUGGUCACGAAAAGAAAACGAACUGGUCGCUUUUCUGCAGCUACAGCUGGCGGAAGCUAUCAAUUUACAAGACAGAGCGUUGAUAGCUCACCUGCACGAAACAUUGCGCUGCGUGCGAUUGUUUAACGACGACGGAUGUAGGAAGUUGUUCAAAUCUUUACGCGAAGAGUAUCAAAAGCGAUCGCCUUACAUCGCAUACUUGAUUCGAUGUCGACAAGGUUUACUCUCGACUGUGGCCCAUUUGGACAGGUUGUGCAUCAGAGUAAAGUGUGAUCGUGAUGCCGUCAACAAUCACCUCGUAUCCGUUUGCGUGCGGGUCUUUUUGGAGAAAAGAGAGUCGCUUCUCUCACGGUUUUGCGACGAAUUCAAAAAGCUCACGCUGGCAGACGAGAAACAAGAUUUGGUCGAUAAUUUCCUGGGAGAGGUCCACGCUAAAAUGGACAAUGAUCCGAUAUGGCAAUGCGCGAGUGAAAAUCAGCUGGCGUUGGCCAGAGUUGUGGUGGAAAGGACCGUAAUGGCGCGUGUCUAUCACAAUGCUCUUUAUCCAAACGGAGACGGAGACGUUUACAGAGAUCAAUUGCUUCACGAUCAUAUUAAGAAACUGGCGAAACUUGUCACCCCCAACCACAAAGAUCUACGUAUUCCGAAGAUAUAUCAUUACGAAUGUCCCUGGCCUUGGGCUCAAGCGGAACUAGCGGUAAUAUCAGCGUACAAAACUCCUAGAGACAAGUUGCAAUGUGUCUUUCGUUGCUCCACCACCAUUAUGAAUUUGCUUUCAAUGGCAACCGAGAGAGGAGUACCCGCGGCCGAUGAUCUUAUUCCUGUUUUGGUCUACGUUAUUAUCAAGACUAAUCCGCCAUCCUUGCUCUCAACUAUACAAUAUGUGGAUAGCUUCUAUGGAAAUCGAUUAGAGGGCGAGGAACAGUACUGGUGGACGCAAUUCUGUUCCGCAAUUGAAUUUAUAAAGACGAUGGAUUAACUUGUGUUCUUUUAAUAACACAAUACCGUUGGAAGUGUAGAAAUAGUGUAUAAUAAUUUGCAUCAUCUUUGUUGUCGUUGUCGUCAGAAUAAUCAUAGUUUUGUAGUCAUCGUAAUUACUAUUCUUCUCUUCUUCCUGUGCGUUAUUACAGCAUUAUUCCAGCGUGGAUACAGCCAGUCGUCGGCGGCAACAAUAUCGUUAUCGUUAUCGUUGCUAUCGCGCUACUGUUGUUUCUAAUUAUUUUUUCCUUCUGCAACCGCUGCUACAUUUACCGCUGUACAGCCAACAUUACCAGUUUUACUUUCAUUGAUUGUUUCAUUCGUUAUUAGCUUCGACCUGUUAUAAAUAUUACUGUCAGUGUCGCUAUUAAAUUGUUUUCCUUUCCAGUUGUUAUUAUUCUUAUAAAUACUAUCGUGGUAGCACUAUAAAUACUGCUACC